GAUAAGAUAUAUUAACUUAGAAAUAAAGCAUUAGUAAAAAUAAAUAUAACUUUGUUUACAGAAAAAUAAGUUUUAUGGUCUUAUUUAAUAAUCUUUUUGCUAGUCAAAAUGUUUAAAUGUUUUGAAAUGUCGAUAAAUAUUAUAAUAAAAUGAGUUUGGUUGAAAAUAAUGGCAAUUUUAGAAUAAUUAAGAUGAGUUUUACGGAUAUUUCGGUAGACGAGUCUGGUAUUAGUGCUUCUGAUUUUUUAUUAGCAUCAAAAUCUUUUGUUGAUGUUUUUGAUCUUUUCGAUUCAAGAAUUUUUUCAGUUAUUAGAAAUGAUAUUAAUGGAAAUUUAAAGAAGAUAAGAGAUUAUUUACAAAAACAUCCUUCUCAUAGUAAAACUCUUGAAUCCUUAGUAAGAAGUGAAGCUUUACAAAAGAAGCGUGUUGCAACUGAAGGACUUUUAUGGUUAGUAAGAGGUUUUAUCUUUAUGUCUAAUGCUUUACAUCGAAAUAUGGAAAAUGAAAAAGAGGAAUUAUCUGUUAGUUUUACAAAAGCAUAUGAAAUAACUCUUAAACGACAUCAUUCUAUUUUUAUACGGCCUAUUUUUACUAUGGCAAUGAAAUACUGCCCUUCUAGAAACGAUUUCUAUUCAAAACUUUCUAAUGAUCAAGCAAAACUACGUACUUUUUUAUAUGAUUGGCUUUCUGGUUUGGAUAAAAUAAUUUUUUCUUUAGAAAAUUUUUAUGAAAAUGGACAAUACGCUAAAGGUCUUUAAAAAAAAAUAAUUGCAAAUUUUUCUUUCAAUUAUUAUAUAUCUUUACGUAUUAUUAUAUGUAUUUUUAUUAUUUUUAUGGACUAGUUUUGACUUUUUGAGUUUACAUAUAUUUUAUUAAUCUUUUAUUUUCGUUUUUUGAAAGGCUCCGUUAUAUAUUAUAGGCUUAAAAGCACUACAUAAGAAAAAAUAAUAAUUGUUAAGGAAAAAUAAUGAAUAAUAGUUCCUAAAUAUGCAAUAAGAAGAGGCUCUUGUUAUUUUGAAUUGUUAUUUUAUAAAAACAGUUUU